AUGGAUAUGGCCCCCGCGCCCGUCUCCUCCAACCCGCGCUCGGUCGAGGAAAUCUUCAAGGACUUCUCCGGCCGCCGCGCGGGGCUCGUCCGCGCCCUCACCUCCGAUGUGGACGAUUUCUGCAGCUUCUGCGACCCAGAUAAGGAGAAUUUGUGUCUUUACGGCCUUCCCAACGGGACCUGGGAGGUGUCGCCGCCGGCGGACGAGGUUCCUCCGGAGUUGCCCGAGCCGGCGCUCGGCAUCAACUUUGCGCGCGACGGCAUGCAGCGCCGCGACUGGCUCUCACUCGUCGCGGUCCACUCUGACUCGUGGCUCAUCUCCGUCGCUUUCUUCUACGGUGCUCGCCUCAACGCCAACGACCGGAAGCGCUUAUUCAGCUUGAUCAGUGAUCUUCCUUCUGUCUUUGAAGCAUUCGCGGACAGGAAACACGGCAGAGAUAGGUCUGGGGUUGAUAGCAGUGGCAAGUCCAGACACUCAUCAAAGAGAGGAAACGAUGGCCAUGCGAAGAAUUCCAGGGCAGCAGCUCCUGCUGCCAAAGAGUAUGACGACGACGAUGACGAGGAAGACGAGGAACACACGGAAACCUUUUGUGGAAGCUGUGGCGGCCUUUACAACGCGAACGAGUUCUGGAUCGGCUGCGACAUAUGUGAGCGGUGGUUCCACGGCAAAUGUGUGCGGAUCACCCCUGCCAAAGCGGAGCACAUAAAGCACUACAAGUGCCCGGACUGCAGCUCGAAGAAAAUGAGGCAGUAG